AUGUUUAAUAUCAACAUCAAGCUGUCAGGAAGAUGCUAUAUUGAGAAGGUGGUGAAAACGUUAGAAAAGGUGCUAGAUGAUAGAGAGUUGAAAUGGUUCAAAACGCACCCUCAGUUCAAGCACUUCUUCCACAUGUACUUGGAAGAAAAUCAUAAAUCGCAGGGGAUGUGGAUGCUUAUGCUGUGUAUGGUGCCAUCAAGCAAAAUGAAGGAAUGCUGGUUUGUAGUAAAUGGGGUGCCCAUCCGGUAUUCUUUGAGAGAGUUGGGUCUUAUUUCUGGAUUGAACUGUCGAAGCUACCCUAAGAACUAUGAAAGUUUAGGUGGUGACAGUAGUAAGUUUGUUGCAAAGUAUUUUGGUGAAGGGAAGAAGAAAGUAACUCUGAAGGAUGUAGAUGAGAAGAUGGAGUCAAUGAAAUCCAGUAAAGUGAGAGGUAGGAUGAAUAUUGCUGUCCUUUACUUCUUAGCCAACAUAAUUGUUGGGAAGACGAAGACAGGUAAUACUGCUGCAGGUGUAGAGCAUUUCUUUUUGAGAGCGGCUAGUGAUUUAGAUUUGUGUGAAACAUUUCCUUGGGGAAGAUUUGCAUUUGAUCAGAAUAUGAAGGACAUUCGCAAUAUAGUGAAGAAUUUAAAUGUGAUUGUGCCUGAAGGUGCGAACAAAGUGUUUCCUAGUUUCAUCAUUCCUAUGGAGCUACUAGCUUAUGAGGCAAUUCCAGCCCUUGAUAGACAUUUUAGAGAAGCUGUUGUAGAAGUCGAGGAUAGCUGUCCAAGGAUGUGCAAGAGCAGGUUCAAGAAAGGAGAUUUGAAAGGGUUUGCACUUUCGGAAAUAAAUUCUCAACUUGGUGCAACAAAGGAUAUUCAUAGUGUGUUGGCUCCAUCGCAUGAUGAGAAGCAACUGCUGGCUCUCAUCAUGGACGAUGAGGAUAUAGACCAAGAUGUAGCGGAUUAUAUUGUUGAUGGUUGGAAAUCAAUUUUGCUGGAGGAGAAAAGUGAGAUAUUCUUUCAGGAAAUGUUCAAAAAAGAUGUCAAUAGCCGAAAGAACAAAGGGAAAAAAGCAUCGGAUCCUAAAAACCAGCUCAUGGAGCUGUAUGUGGGUGAAGAGAAGAACAGAAAUCAAGAAGAUGAAGAGAAUCGUCUUAACUUCUUGGAUGCAGAUUACCAUGGCGGUGGUGAAGAGGCAAAUGAUGGCGCUGGUUGUUCUGGGAAGAAGCAAACAGAAGGAGAUAAUGUGGAAGAGAACGUGGAGAAGGAUAAAGAAGAGAACGAGGAAGUCGGCGGAGAAGGGCCAACCCAUGUAACCAGGAGGACUAGUGGACGAACAAGUAAAAAAUCUCAAUACAAACAAACCCCUUUUACAGAAGAUAAGAAAGGGAAGAAAAGGUCAACGAAGGAUGAAAAGAAGAAGGGGGCUCCCAAGGGAAAGAAACAAAAGACUUAG